GGUGCCAGACUUGGUGAACGCAGCAGCACGGCUGUCUGCAUAAACAGACUCCCGGAUGAGAGCUGUGCAGACAUGGAGGAAGAGGAGGAAGAAAUGUUCUGCUGGAGAGAGAAGCUGCUCCUUACUGGGACGCUGAAGUACAGCUACUGAGCUGAUACACAGGGAAGAUUCCAGUUCAGCCACGGGAAGAUUUUUCGCCCAGACUCCCAGAUAGUUGUGAGGAAAACCUGUGAGAGACCCCACUCCUGGCACCAAGGACCCUGCAGCCCUCAUGGCCUCCAAAGUAUUGAGGAAACCCUUCAUCCAGGAAGUCACUGAGUGUCUGCAGGACUCAGCAAGCAGAAGAGAUCUGCAGUUCCUGUUGGCCAAAGAAGACGCUUGGAAGGUGCUGGUAGCAGAGGCUGACUUGUCCAGAGAUGAGGAAGCUGCACUGCGUAAGGCUCUGAGGCAGCUCCUAGAGCUCCCGGUCGUGGAGGACAAAGAACGGCUUCAAAAAGAACUGCAGGACAGGAAGAGGUUUGCGGAACAUUUUCCUCAGUUGAAAAGGAAGCUGGAGAAAAUCAUCAGGAAGCUCCGAGCUCUGGCUGACCAUCUCGACCAGGUGCACAAGGGCUGCACCAUCUCCAACGUGGUGACCAACACCACUAGCGCUACCUCUGGAGUCCUGGGCAUCCUGGGUCUAGCUCUGGCACCUGUGACAGCAGGGGGCAGUUUGCUGCUCUCAGCCACUGGGGUGGGGCUGGGGGCAGUGGCUACUGUGACUGGUGCUGCCACUGUAGUUGUGGAAGAAACAAGCAAGUGGUCAGAUGAAGCCGAAGCCAAGCGCCUGUUGUCAGACACCAUGGACACUAUGAAGAAAGUUCUUGACCUGGGAAAGAUCGUGUGUAAACUUUCUGGAAAGUCCUAUGGUCUCUUCAGUAAAUUGAAAACCUUGGGACAAAACAUCCGUGCCAUUAGGGUAGCCAGAGCCAACCCUCACUUAGUGGCAGAUGCCAAGCUCCUCAUGACUGCUAGAAGAAUCUCUGCCCAACAAGCUAGUCAGGUGAAGAAUGUCUUUGAAGGCACUGCUCUGGCAAUGACCAAAAAGGCCCGAAUCAGAGGGGCAGCCAUUGCAGGUGUCUUCCUUGCAGUCGAUGUGUAUUACCUUGUAAGAGAAUCUAUGCAUUUAUAUGACGGAGCAAAGUCAGAGUCAGCCAAAGAACUGCGGGUGCUCGCUCAGGAGCUAGAGGAGAAGUUGAAAGAGUUUGAUAAGUUCUAUAAGACUUUCUAGGUUCCUUAGUGACAGCCUCCCCCGACCACACAGAGGUCAGUCAGAGGAGAAGACCUGGACAGAUUAGAGGUACUGAGGCAUUUUGUUGGAGGAGGAAUGAGGUAGCUAGCGUUAACUGUCAUCUCGACACAACCUAGCAUCUUGUGAGAAGAGAGUCUUUGUGAGGGACUGUCUACUUCAAGUUGUCCUGUAAGCAUACUUGGGAGAGAUUUUUCUUCAUGACUCUAAUUGAGGUGGGUAAAUUCCUUCACUGCGGGGGCACUGUUCUCUGGGUAUGGGUUCUGAACUGUAUAAGGGAAAGAAGGCUGUGCACCGGUAAGCAUGCAUGCAUGAAUUCAUUUCUCACUGCACUGGACUGUGGACACAUUGUGGCUAACUGCUUUGACUUCCAGCCUUGACUUCCUCAGUGAUGGACUAUAGCCUGGAACUGUAGAUCAAAAUAAAGCUUUCUCCUCUCA